AUGCUUUUGGCAGAGCACCUUCACAAGGCCAGGCUGCCCACAACAGGCUGGAUCCCGGCCCUGGCACUGCUCCUCCUUUUACAGAGUGCUAGUUAUGCUGCUCCAUCACAAGACAGUCCACUGGUCCGUACCACCAGAGUAAGAAGACAGAGCCCAGGAGCAGACGAGCCCCCCUCCUCCUCCACAGUCAACCAGACGAUGAAAGACCAGCCUGUGGUCUUCAACCAUGUCUACAACAUAAACGUCCCAAUGGAGUCUCUGUGCUCUGUGGACCUGGACGCCUCUGCAUCCGCCCCCGGCGAUGGGGCUCGGGCAGAGUUGGGAUCCAGGCCUGCUGUGGAAGGUCCACUUGACUCAAUGGAACCCACAGAAUACACAGAGCAAACACUGGACAGUGAGAGUCAGGUUACAUUUACUCAUCGCAUCAACAUCCCAAAGGCAGCAUGUGGCUGUCCCUCGUCGGUCACUCUUCAGCAGCUGGUCACUCGAGUGGAGAUGUUGGAGAGAGAGGUGUCCAUGCUCAGAGCACAGUGUGGCUCUGGGUGUUGUGUGGACAGCACAGCCAUGGGUCGUUUGGAUGUAAGCUCUAGCUGCAGCGGCCAUGGCACCUUCAGCUUUGAGAUCUGUGGCUGCAUCUGUGAAGAAGGCUGGACGGGCAAGAACUGCUCAGAGCCGCGUUGCCCGGACGACUGCUCGGGGCAGGGCAUCUGUGUGGAGGGCGAGUGUGUGUGUGACCGUGACUUCGGAGGGGACAACUGUUCGGAACCGCGGUGCCCGUCGGACUGCUCAGGGCGUGGCCUGUGUAUUGACGGAGAGUGUGUGUGUGAGGAGUCCUACACAGGGGAGGACUGCAUGGUGGGACGCUGCCUCAACGACUGCUCUGACCAGGGCCAGUGCAUCAAUGGCACCUGCCACUGUCGCCCUGGAUACGUGGGAGAAGACUGCUCUCUUGUUUACUGUGCCAACAACUGCAGCAAGAAGGGGCUUUGCAAAGAGGGCUUCUGUGUGUGCCAAGACGGCUACGCUGGAGAUGACUGUAACUCAGUGGCACCAGCAAUGAACCUGAGGGUACGAGUGGUGACCGAUCGAUCCAUUGACCUGGAGUGGGAGGGCUCAGUCGUACUGACCGACUUCUUGGUCACUUACACACCCAAUACCCCUGGAGGGGUACAGUUGGAGUUGCGGCUGCCUGGUAACACCACCACAUGCUCCAUCUCAGGGCUGGACGCUGGAAUGGAAUACAACAUAAACGUGUUCUCUGUCAUCAACAACAGCAUCAGUGUUCCUGCCAGCAUCACUGUCUCCACCUAUGUCUCCAGUCCAGAUAGUUUAGUCUUCAAAUCCAUCACCGAGACGUCAGUGGAGGUCCAGUGGCAGCCAUUCUACUUUUCCUUCGAUGGAUGGGAGAUCAGCUUUAUCCCUAAGGACAAUGAUGGAGGGAUGACAGCACAGCUCCCCAGCACCAUCACCUUUUUUGUGCAGACUGGUUUGAGACCAGGAGAGGAGUACACAGUAAACCUGGUGGCCCUGAGGGAGCAGGGCAGGAGCCAGCCCAUCACUGGCAUCGUCACAACAUUGAUAGAUGGACCCACUCAGCUGAUCGUUCGAGAUGUGUCAGACACAGUGGCGUUUGUGGAGUGGACCCCACCGAAAGCUAAAAUUGAUCAGAUCGUUCUGCGCUACGGCCUGGUGGGAGGAGAAGGGCCACGUACCACCUUCCGCCUGCAGCCCUCACUCAGCCAGUAUUCCCUUCAGGUUCUGCGUCCCGGAUCGCGUUAUAAUGUAUCUGUGAGCGGAGUGAGGAAAGGAAACGAGAGCUUAGCCAUUUCCACAGAGUUUUCCACUGCUUUAUCGUUUUUCUCAGAGAUCGAUGCUCCUAAGAACUUGCGCCUUGUGUCCAAGAGCUCUACCAGCCUGGAGCUGGAGUGGGACAACAGUGAGGCUGAGGUGGAUGGUUACCAAGUGGUGUACAGCACUUUGGCUGGAGAUUUGUAUGAUAAAGUCACUGUCCCACGCAAUGAGGGAGUCACCUCCAAGACCACACUGACAGAGCUUCUCCCAGGUACAGAGUAUGGCAUUGGUAUCUCGGCAAUGAGAGGAAGUAACCAGAGCGCGCCCUCAACAAUGAACGCCAGGACAGGUCUGGAUGUUCCAUUGGACCUUACUGUCACAGCCUCCACAGAUAACACCAUAACUCUUGUGUGGGGGGUUGUCCAGGGCCCCAUUGACCAUUACAAGGUUACCUACAUAUCGUCUUCUGGCAUCACAACCGAGCUCACUGUUCCCAAAGAUGUGACCACGGUGACACUGGUGGACCUUGAGCCUGGAACCGAAUACACAAUCACUGUGGCUGCACGGAGAGGCAGACAACAGAGCACGGCUGCUACAAUAGACGCUUUUACGGGAAUCAGGCCCGUAACUCACCUCUUCCUGUCAGAGGUGACUGCAGACGCCGUGCUGGUGGCCUGGAGCUCUCCGGCGCCCCCUGCAGACCUCUUCAUUCUUAGCUACAGCUCGGCCGAUGGGACGGACACCUCCAAGGUCACUCUGGAGGGAUCCAGGACCAGGUCUCUGGUUCAGGGCCUGCUACCUGCGACACAGUACACCAUCAGUUUAAUCACUAUACAAAGGGACUCUACCUCUGAGCCUAUUACAGCCUCUCUCACCACAGGUACAGACCCACCCAAAGAGCUGCUGGUGUCUGAUGUGACAGAAGACUCUGUGACCCUUUCCUGGAUCACACCAUUGGCUCCUUUCAAGUACUACAAACUGUCUUAUCUCUCAGCCCAAGGGCGAGAGGACAGCAUGAUGAUUGACAGUGAUGUGAACAACUACACCUUGUCCAGUCUGUUCCCGGCCACAGAGUACGAGAUCAGCCUGACUGCUGUUCGUGAAAACCAGGAGAGCAAGGCGGUUAGCACCUCUGUGUUUACAGCUAUGGAUAUGCCUUCUGAAUUGGCAGCGAUAAACAUUACACCUCAAGGUGCUGUGUUGAGGUGGAAUCCCCCAGUCUCCAGUGUGGAUAACUAUGUCCUAACGCUCACACACAACCAGGUAACUGCCGAUACAUUCUUGGUAGAAGGCAACAGGCAGGAGCACCAGCUGUCCAACCUGAAGCCUAGCACCACCUACUCUGCCGCCCUGUACGCCACUAAGGGACCCCUGACCAGUGGAACAGUCAUCACUAACCUCCAAACACCUAUGGAUGCUCCACUGAACCUGACGGCCAGUGAAGUGAACCAUCGCAGCGCCUUGAUCUCCUGGCAACCUCCUAUGGCUGAAAUAGACAACUACAUGCUCACGUACAAGGCCGCUGAUGGCAGCCGCAAAGAGCUUAUCCUGGACUCAGAGGACACGUGGAUCCGCCUGGAGGGACUGGCUGAGACCACAGAGUACACUGUGAAACUGCAGGCUGCCCAGGGACUGGACACGAGCGCUGUUGUGUCUACUACAUUCACUACUGGGAGCCGCUUGUUUGCUACACCUCAGAACUGCGCCCAGCACCUGCUCAACGGAGAGGCCCUGAGCGGAGUGUACACCAUCUACAUCAACAGAGACCCCGGCCAAGGAGUGCAGGUGUACUGUGACAUGACCACGGACGACGGAGGCUGGAUUGUGUUUCAGCGCCGGCAGAACGGGCUGACCGACUUUUCCAGAAAGUGGAACGAUUACCGUGCUGGGUUUGGGAAUCUGGAGGAUGAGUUUUGGCUUGGUUUGGACAACAUCCAGAGGAUUGCCGCUCAAGGCCGUUAUGAGCUGAGAAUCGACAUGAAGGAUGGGCAGGAGUCAGUCUACGCAAACUAUGACAAAUUCUCAAUCGGAGACGCCAGAAACCUCUACAAGCUCAGGAUAGGAGAGUACAACGGCACUGCAGGGGACUCUCUGAGCUACCACCAGGGCCGGCCCUUCUCCACUAAAGACAGAGACAACGAUAUUGCUGUCACGAACUGUGCCUUGUCCUACAAAGGGGCCUGGUGGUACAAGAACUGCCACCGUGCCAACCUCAACGGCAAAUAUGGGGAGUCCAGACACAGCCAGGGGAUUAACUGGUACCACUGGAAAGGCCAUGAGUUCUCCAUUCCCUUUGUGGAGAUGAAGAUGAGACCGUUCAACUUCCGCAGCAUCAGCAGCAAGCGGAGGCGGUCAGCUGAGUAA